UGCCCCACAUUGGGAAACUGCGGAGCUGGAGCGUUUGAUGGCAGAGUGGCUGGGAGCUGAGGAGACUGACGACACCAGAGGGCAGGCCACGUCUUUGAGUAAGACUGAAGACUUGCUGGAGAUGGUGAAAAAGCUGCAGAAAGAGGGAAGCCUGGAACCCCAGAUUGAAGACCUGAUUCACCGAAUUAAUGAACUGCAGCAAGCAAAGAAGGGAUCCAGUGAGGAAUUGGGAGAGGCUCAAGCACUCCAGGAGGCCAUGCAUCAGGAACUAGAUUCAUUGAAUGCAGAGAAGGCACACCUAGAGGAGGUCCUGUGCAAAAAGCAAGAGGCUCUGAUGACUCUCCUGAAGCACUGCCAAGAGACGGAAAGUGAGACUCAGUGGUUGAAUGCUACAGAGCAGCUGGAGGAUCUGACAAAUCAGCGCAAGGACCUCUGGGAGUUCCGGGUGCUGCAGCAGCGACUGACCCAGGAGAUCAGCACAAUGGAGCACAGCAAAGAUCAGCUGCUGAUGGAGAGGACUCUACUGUAUGCCCGGCUGCAGGAAGUGGAGAGGCGGCUGCAGAUGGCCAGGGAGGCCCAGAACUCCCCAGGGAACUGUGGGCUGAAGAUAGAGCUGGAGAAAUUUCAGGGGCAGUCACAGAGCAUCCCAGAAACCCAGAAUGACAGGAGAGAGGCUAGCCAAGAGGAGCAGCAUCAUUUGGAGGCAUCAGGAGAGCUGCCAGGGACAGGGAUGCCUGCUAGCCCACAAGGACCCACCAGUGCUCACAUCUCUUCAAGGCCUACCAAGAAAUAAAGAUGAUUCCUGGA